GAGUGCACUACAAUUUCAGCGUCGGCUGAUUUGAGAUCUGAGUGUCGGCUGGCUUGACCGCAGUUGAAUACAAUAGAUUUUCGUUUUGGAGAAUAUGUCUUUCUCAUGUAAGGAAUGUAGGCCCUAAUCGAAAGAAACAUCAAGCUUUGAGUGCAUGAUUUUUUCUUCUGCAGUCUUAUUCACGACAAGAUGGGGAAGGUGCUAACUCAUUUCUAUCUACAUUGUUUCUGGAGAUGCAAGUGCCUACUGAGGAUGUCCUUUUACUGACUGGAUAGAGGCAUUUAGGUUUCAGGAUGCGCUCCCUGAGAAAGACGGUGUUGCUCGCCAUCCUAGUGUCUGUGGUGGUGGUACUGGCCCUCCUCCAUUCGUGGCCCACUCGGGCUUACACCACAGUGGAUGUGUGGCAGCGACAGGGACCAAUAGUAGAGAGGCAUCUAGAGGAGAGGCUCCCAGAACCAGACCACCGAUUAGGUAACAUCCCGUUUCACGUGAGGGACAAUGUGGCAAGCUUGUUGGCACGUAACGGAUGCGUAUGUGAGGGUGAGAGUGGAGGAGUAAACCUGCCCUUCGCCCAACUUCUGUUCCCGCGGGUGUCAGCUCACCCGCUGCACACCGCCUUUGAGGCCUCUGAGCUGGAGGAAAUGAAGAGGAGACGGGCCAAAGAGUACAAGAGUUUCCAGGAGAGGUCACAGACACCUACAGAUGUUCUUAUUAUUGCAGAGGCUAACAAUCCCUUACAGUAUCCAACACAGGGGGUUGAGGUACGACCCCUGAGAACAAUCAUCAUCCCAGGCUUGGCCUUACACAGCCUUCCCAGAGACCACUACUCAAUAAACAUCACUGCCACGCUAGGAACGCUAAACGUGGCAGCAGAGGUGGACGGGAUGAAAAUCAAAGGUGAUGGCGAGAUGCACAUGAGUCUGUCAAGCAGCCUCCUGCCCAACCUAAACCGACAGCUGCAGUUUGUCACCUACACAAACACACUGUUCCACCCUAACACAGCAGACACAGUGCAGUUGGAGACAGAGGGGCAUCAAGCCAGCUUCAGUAUCAAGAUUCGUCACGGUGUAACACCCAAACUGUAUAACACAGGAUCCAAAGGAGAGUACAACAUCAGUGCCCUCGUAACCAUAGCUACGAAGACUUUCCUGCGUUAUGAUAAGCUUCAAGAUCUUAUCAACAGCGUGAGAAGAUACUAUCCAACCGUCACUAUAGUAAUCGCUGAUGACAGCGAAAACCCCCAAACCAUUUCGGGGCCUUACAUCGAACAUUACAUCAUGCCUUUUGGAAAGGGUUGGUUUGCCGGACGAAACCUGGCCGUCUCUCAGGUGACCACAAAGUACGUGCUGUGGGUGGAUGAUGACUUCAUCUUCACAGCCAACACCAAGCUGGAAAAACUGGUGGAUGUUUUAGAGAGAACCACUCUGGAUCUGGUGGGUGGUGCAGUGCGGGAGGCCACAGGUUACACUGCCACCUACAGACAGACCAUCUCCAUUGAGUCAGGGGAGGAGGAUGGUGACUGUUUACACAUGAGGAGAGGAUUUCAUCACGUCAUCCAAGGCUUCCCCAACUGUGUUGUGACUGAUGGGGUCAUCAACUUCUUCCUAGCUCGCACCGACAAAGUCCAGCAGGUCGGCUUUGACCCGCGCCUUGCAAGGGUAGCACACCUGGAGUUUUUCAUCGAUGGCCUGGGUUCUCUCCACGUGGGCUCUUGCGAUGACGUCAUUGUCAACCAUGCAACCAAAAUCAAACUUCCCUGGGUCAGCCAAUCAGAGAGCGACAAGACUUACGCCAAGUUUCGUUACCCGCCGGCCUCCUCUGACGCCACACACACGAAAAACGGACUCCUGUUCUUCAAGAACCGAUUUCAGUGUUUGACUCAUAAUUAGUUCCUGAGGGUUCCUCUGCUCCUCCUGAGUUGCCAAAGAAGUUCUCCUCCGCCCCGUCCCGUCAGAUAAGAUUUAAAACACACACACUUUGGUUUGCUUUUUCUUGAAAAUCUUCACAAGAGGUUUCAGGCUUCAACAUAGAGAUGUUACAUUAGAGCAGUUUUUAGCAUGUUUAUUUGGUCAGUGCUAAAACAAAAAGUCCUGAUACACAGUAAAUAUCCAGAAGCUGGAUAUGACCAUCCAUGCUCUCUAGAGAGUAGAGAAUCAACAAACACAGACCUAGUUAAAUGACUAAUGCAAGGCUUUUUGUUUGUCAAAUCUUAUCUGGCUUUACAUCCUCGAGUUGUUCUAACAGAGACUGAGCUUUGGGUAAACCAAACAGAUAGCAUCUUCAUUGUCAUUCUAGGCUAACGUGAGCAGAGGUUCAUGUGUCCACCUUCAAUUUGCACUAUCCAAAAACAAGACUGAGCUUGAAAAAGCAAUAGUGACGUCUAAGAGCCUGAGGACAAGGGGGAACUUUCCAGACAGUGACAAUCCUGUAGACACAGCGCAGUGUACUUUUCACAAAUGCCACAUGAAGAACGCAUUCAGAACUUUUCCACCUGUGGUACCUGCGCUCUGUGACUGACUGGUCGUGCCAAAGGUUUGGCUGCUGGCUCUAGGGCGUUUUUAUCACUUUGUGUCUUUGGUUUUGCUACCCCUCUUUAGCCAGAAUGUGCCAUUUGUGAGCGAUCAAUUUCAUCUGAGCAGGACAAACUUGCGAUCCCAUCACAUCUGGUGUAGCCUGAUCUGGGAGCAGCCUUGUUUUUGGUCUUCUGCUGUCUUUCACUUUCAACAAACAUGUCAAGAAGAGCAGCUCUUCUGUCCAGUGCACACUGAUGAAUAACAGUGAUUCAUUACAUGCUCCCUAAAAACAAAAGUUGAAUCAACCAAAGUGCAUGUUUAUUUUCCCUCAUUAUAAGAGAAUAAAUGAGGAAAAAAAAACAAGGACAUUGAGACAGAAUUAAUAAAAGUUUGGUGAUAAAUUAACAUCUUAAAAAAAAAGUGAGUAGUCAGAGCAUGAGAGGAAAACUGAGAGAGACAAAGUAAAUGAGACACGGUGAGACGGUGACGUUUUUAUACUGACUCUUUGGAGAGUUACUGUAUGUCCAACUAACACUCAUGCCUGAAGUGAUGAUGCUGUUGUUUUAUACCAUGACCUUUAGAUGGCACCCUUGUAUCACUCUAUUGUUUCCUAAUACGUUUUUAAAGCUAGGUUAGGCUGUUUUCUGUAAAAGGCCAAAAAAGAGAGAAAAAAUCCCACCAGAAUUGUAAAAUACAGCCCUCCUCUUGCAGCUCUCUGCGUCUGCAUUUGUAGAACAGCCAAUAGGAGCGCCCUCUGACCUGUCAUUGGCCAAAGUCUUCUGUCACGGGCUAGAUUUUCUAAAGCCUGCAAACAGAGCCAAGAGGAGGUGCAAAGUCUAUUUAUUGCUCAGUCUACUUGAAUUACAAUAUGCUCAAAUGGUAUUAUGGAAGUUUUGCCCAAUGAUGCCAAUAAAACAGUAUUAGCAAAGAGGGGGCAGAGAUGUAUUAGCUGAUGCUUUUUUUAAAUCUUGAGAAGAAUAUUUUAAAACAAUUUUGUGUGAUGUUUCUUUCCAUUAUGGAUUCUUCUGUUUGUUCACCUAAAUGCAACAUUCACUCUGUUCACCUCUGUAGACAGGGGUCAGAAUGAAACUUCAUCGACAGUAUUUUAAAAGGCUUUUGUGUAGUUGUGUGUUAAAAAAUGUGUCUCAUGUUAGGAACUGUAACCAACUACUGAGAUCUUUAACUGAGCUGAAAACCUUUAUUUUAAAACCAGUGAUAUUUAUUGUGUUAACAGAAAUUUUACUUGCCUGCUUCACCCAAAAACCACUGGUGUCAGUUGAAUGAUCACAGCAGUAUGAAACUUUUUUAAUUUAUUUCAAUUGUUGACAUAUUAAAAUGUCUGUGGAACACCUGUC